UGCAGGCUUAUUUGUCCGACUUGGGAUGGCCAAAGGUGUUUGUGAGAUGGCUUUAGGGAGCUGCAGCAGGUAGGCAAGAGGCUGCCUGACGUGCCCUCAUAGAGACACCAGUGGGCUGCUGUUGCUGGGAGAGACUGUGCUGCUGCGACAGGGGAGGAUGAAGCGAGCAGCCCAGGAACGCUCACAGCGCAUGCGUCGUCCGAGCCACUGACUAUAUUCUCAGGCAAAGGUACCUAAGGAAAAAAAAAAUCAGCAUUUUUAUAUAAAGAAGAAGCUGCACUGGAAAUAAACCCUGGUAGGAUUUUAUAGCACCAACAGAUCUCUUGACAGCAUGACACAUCAGGAGGAGGAAAAAGCAGAAUGUGUGCCUAGACAACAGCUCAGUUAGUUUUGUGGAUUACAUUUGCAGUAAAAUGUAUGGAUCUAUCUUGUGCUUGCCCUUGUAUAUAGACCAUGAGACUUGACUGAAGCAAUAAAUAUAUCCUCCAUCUAUGGCGAACGAUAGCCAUGCAGCUGACAACAUUCUGCAAAAUGUGUCUCCAUUAACAGCGUUUUUAAAGCUGACAUCAUUGGGCUUUAUUAUAGGAGUCAGUGUGGUGGGUAACCUUCUUAUCUCAAUCUUGCUUGUCAAAGAUAAGACCUUACACAGAGCUCCCUACUACUUCCUGUUGGAUCUGUGUUGCUCAGACAUCCUGAGAUCUGCUAUUUGUUUUCCAUUUGUAUUCACUUCCGUGAAGAAUGGCUCUACUUGGACGUAUGGGGCUCUUACUUGCAAAGUGAUUGCCUUUCUUGGGGUGUUGUCUUGUUUUCACACUGCAUUCAUGCUAUUCUGUAUAAGUGUCACCAGAUACUUAGCUAUAGCCCACCAUCGGUUUUACACAAAGAGGUUGACAUUUUGGACUUGUCUGGCGGUGAUUUGCAUGGUGUGGACCUUAUCGGUAGCCAUGGCCUUUCCACCGGUCCUAGAUGUUGGCACCUACUCCUUCAUUAGAGAGGAAGACCAAUGCACAUUUCAGCAUCGUUCCUUCAGGGCUAAUGAUUCCUUGGGAUUUAUGUUACUCCUUGCUCUCAUUCUUCUAGCCACACAGCUUGUCUACCUCAAGCUGAUAUUUUUUGUUCAUGAUCGAAGGAAAAUGAAGCCAGUCCAGUUUGUAGCAGCCGUAAGCCAGAACUGGACUUUUCACGGUCCCGGAGCCAGUGGUCAGGCAGCCGCUAACUGGCUUGCGGGCUUUGGAAGGGGUCCCACACCGCCCACUUUACUUGGAAUAAGGCAAAAUGCAAACACCACAGGCAGGAGAAGGCUACUGGUUUUAGAUGAAUUCAAAAUGGAAAAAAGAAUCAGUAGAAUGUUCUAUAUUAUGACAUUCCUUUUCCUGACCUUAUGGGGGCCCUAUUUGGUAGCCUGCUACUGGAGAGUGUUUGCAAGAGGUCCUGUGGUACCAGGAGGAUUUCUAACAGCAGCUGUCUGGAUGAGUUUUGCUCAAGCUGGAAUCAAUCCUUUUGUCUGCAUUUUCUCGAACAGGGAGCUGAGGCGCUGUUUCAGCACAACCCUUCUUUACUGCAGAAAAUCCAGGUUACCAAGGGAACCUUACUGUGUUAUAUGAGGGAGCUCUGCAAAAUAUUUUAGCCUUGUGAAACACUAUCCUUCUCUGCUAAGCAAUUGUGGCCUGUAGCCAUGUCUUGAGAAGAAGAUCAAGAAUGGAGCGGAAGCAGCAUUGUGCACACUUUGCAAUAGCGCACCUGUAAUCCUAUUUUAAUCUAAAGUGUUCCUGCUGGCCACCAGGGAAGGUUUGUAAUUGAAAACAAAAGGACUGAACCACAGUUUUCUUGUGUUUCUGUGGUUGAAAGCUAGAAAAAAAAAU